UUCUUUCGCAAAAAAAUUAGACGCACCGACCUUUUUUAGAGUGUGGGAUGUGCAUGCAGGAUGCAUCGCAAUGAGAUAUACAUUCAGGCAAAGUAUAUAUUUAGAAUAUGUAUUAAAUAAUGAAUAACUUUUGUCCACGUCAUUUUUUUUUUCCAAACGGCUGAAACGACAGGUGACGCAUGUGGUGCGGCCCUUAACAAAGGUAAACGAAUAACUGGAGGACGGAAUGCGACUGAAGGGGAAUUUCCCUGGAUGGUGGCUCUCCUGAACAAAUCCAUGAGUCAGUUUUGUGGGGGAUCUAUCAUCGAACCGGACAUUGUUGUGACCGCUGCGCAUUGUAUUGAAAGGCAAGUAUAUGUCUUGCUUGGAAAGAAAAUGCGAUGAGUGGUAUACUUUCCUUUCUAGGCUAGAACCAGGGGAUAUAAUUCUUUGUGCUGGACUCUUGGACCUCAAUAACCCGCCCAGCUACAGCCAACUGCGACAUGUGAAACAAUUCGCCGUUCCCGAGUCGUAUGCUUUCCCCACCAACGAUAUAGCCCUGCUGAAGUUGGAUGCCCCUUUUGACUUUGCCGAGAGCAAGGGGCACAUCGGCGCUGUCUGUCUUCCCGCCAAAGACCGCCCGUUGGAGGGCGAAGUUGAAGUCGCCGGCUGGGGAGCCACUGCACCCGACGAACCUUCUUCUCCGCAUCUGCUCGCUGUAUCGAUUCCUGUAACAUCCCCACCCUGUUUCGGAAUAUUCGACAAAAAGGUCAUGUUCUGCGCCGGAAGCCCCGGGAAGGACUCGUGCCCUGGUGACUCCGGAGGUCCAGUCAUGAAGGAGGACAGCGGUUCAUCCAUCCUCGUCGGCGUGGUCUCGGGCGGCGGGCCCUGUGGCGUGGAACCGGGUUUCAACACCAGGGUGCCGGCCUUCACUGAAUGGAUUUCAGAGAACAUCGUCAAGCUACGGCAGUGAUCGAGAAAUCUAUCUCCAAGAAAGGGGAACACAUUCUCCUAAAUGAAUGCCUGAAAAUAAAUCGAUAAAAAGUUCAAAA